UAAAUCUGCGUUGCGGCAGCGAGUCCGGCGCAGAGUUCCGGCGCUGCCGGAGAUGCCUGACGCUUCGGCCUGAGGAGCGGUCAGUGACGCGAUGGAGCGAGCAAGGGAUCGCUUACACCUGAGACGGACUACAGAGCAGCACGUGCCAGAAGUGGAAGUCCAAGUUAAACGUAGGAGGACUGCUUCAUUGAGCAAUCAAGAGUGUCAGUUGUACCCAAGACGUUCUCAACAGCAGCAAGUACCUGUGGUGGAUUUCCAGGCGGAACUAAGACAGGCAUUCUUAGCCGAGACACCAAGAGGUGGUUAAAGCAGUAUUGGAAUAUCAAGGUAGCUGACUUCUAAGUAAAAACCAGGUUAGAGCUGAUGUAGUAAUGAUGAGAAAAUAAAUCAUUGAAAAAAAGGGUGUUUGGUGUUCAUUUAGUAAUCUGGGCACUUGAAAAGACUUUUUUUU